AUGACGGGAAGAGAAGAGGCUACAGAUGAAAAACCUAAAGUUAAACUUUACCCUUCGUUCGGAAUCGACAAAUCACGUCUGAAUGGAUCUGGUUUUCGGUCCAAAGGGUUCGCAAUCACAGAUCUCCUUGGUCUGGAGUCGGAACUUCAGCCGCACCAGUCCGGUCCAGGCGCGGGGCCCAAUGGAGAGGGCCAGAGCGCGGCGGUUGGAGGAUUUGCUUUCCCGGGAGGAUCUUUGCCCCUGGGCUUGGGGUUUCUGUGUAGUUUGGCAGCGCAACAGCCUCCUGGAGCCCCGUGUUUUCUCCCGAGCCACAUUCCGCUGCUGCAGUCGCGGACGGAGAGCCACUUCAUGCAGAAUCUGGAGCAGCAACGGGACGUUUACUCCGAUGAUGACUGUCUUUCUGGGGAUCGCAAUGAUGGAAAAAACUCUGGGAACUCUCAAAAGAGAAAAAAGAGAAGGCACAGGACAGUUUUCACCUCCCACCAGCUUGAGGAACUGGAGAAAGCCUUUAAUGAAGCACACUAUCCAGACGUUUACGCGAGAGAAAUGCUGGCCAUGAAGACAGAGCUGCCAGAGGACAGAAUACAGGUAUGGUUUCAAAACCGGCGUGCAAAGUGGAGGAAGAGGGAGAAGUGCUGGGGCCGCAGCAGCGUGAUGGCGGAGUAUGGGCUGUAUGGAGCCAUGGUGCGCCACUCCAUUCCCCUCCCAGAAUCCAUUAUCAACUCUGCUAAGAGCGGGAUGAUGGGCUCAUGCGCUCCCUGGCUUCUAGGAAUGCACAAAAAGUCUAUGGAAAUUGUGAAGAAAUCUCCCGGCACGCCUGAAUCGACACAUUCAGAUACAUAUUCAGAGGAACACAAAGGGAAAGACAGCGACACGACAUGGUCAAGCGGAGCUAAUGGAGCGGACGAUUCAGAGGACAUGGCAAUUGAUCUGUCCAGCACUUCAAAACAAGAGAACAAAAGCACUUUGAAAAGAUCUCCACCUCGCACAGAAAACAGCAGCGAUUCUGAAAACGAGAGUUAA